AGGGAGGGAAGGAAGUGAGCAGUUGUAGAGAGAGAGAGUUUAAUGGGUUUCGUGAUGAUGGUGUCGACCCCAUAUAAAUAGGUCUCCCCAGAUGGCUGGCUUUAGGGAGCCCCGCUCUCCAUGAGCAAGCGGUCUCGCUCUGCUGCUUUAAAGCGGUUUUGAUCGAUUGGGAAAACCGCUCGUGGUGACUAAAGGGAGAGAUUACGUGGGAAAACCCUUCUGAAGAAACCAGAGGUCGAAGAAAUGGAGAUUAUUUGUGAGCUCCAAUCAUCAUCUGGUUCUGAAAUGGAUCAUGGUUCUGGCCAUUUUGGGUGCUCUCAUUACAGGAGGCGUUGCAAAAUCAGGGCACCCUGUUGCAACGAGAUAUUUGAUUGCAGGCACUGUCACAAUGAAGCAAAGAAUUCAAUGGAGGUGGACCCCCUAGAUAGACAUGACAUUCCUCGUCACGACGUAAAGACAGUAAUCUGUUCAUUAUGUGCCACUGAGCAAGAGGUUCAAGAGAAUUGCAAAAACUGUGGGGUUUGUAUGGGAAGAUAUUACUGCGCAAAGUGCAAAUUUUAUGAUGAUGAUGUGUCAAAGAAACAGUAUCACUGUGAUGGAUGUGGAAUCUGCAGAAUUGGAGGCCAAGAGAAUUUCUUUCACUGUUACAAAUGUGGGUGUUGCUACUCCAUCGAGUUGAAAGACUCUCACCCUUGUGUGGAAAGAGCAAUGCACCACAAUUGCCCUGUCUGCUUUGAGUAUUUGUUUGACUCUACAAAAGACAUCAGUGUGAUGCGUUGUGGGCAUACCAUUCAUUCGGAGUGUCUAAAUGAGAUGAAGCACCAUUUUCAAUUCACAUGCCCAGUUUGUUCGAGGUCAAUUUGUGAUAUGUCAAACGUGUGGCAAAAGAUGGACGAGGAGGUUGCAGCCACACCCAUGCCUACGAUAUACCAAAACAAGAUGGUGUGGAUCCUUUGUAAUGACUGUGGAGUCACCUCGGAGGUCCACUUCCACAUCGUUGCUCACAAAUGCCUCAAUUGCAAUUCCUACAAUACGCGGCAAACAAGGGGGGGACCGGCAUCUUGCUCAUCAAGAAUUUGAAACUUCAUGUAUUCGAAAUUUCCUUCCCAUAGCCCAAUUCUUAUUCCAUGCCAAAGAAACAUAAUUGAGUAAGGAUUAUACAAAAAAUUAGAUGAUUGAUUUCUUAAUUGUGGGAGAAAGGCUGUGCA